AAAUUCGUGGACAGAGCGUUUUUCGUUAGACAGCAUCAAACGCUAAAGAAUAAUGGCCGCCACACUAAACGAUUCCAUUAAAUUUCCUUUUCCUUGUGAUGGAUUCCCCAACCUAAUUUUCGAUUUGGCUGGGCCUAGUGACGUGAAAGAACUGUCCGAAUUCGUCAUGGACGAAUUUUUUCAUCGCUUCCCAUUCAAAAAUGUUUUGGACGUGGAAAAAGAAGUUCGCCCGUGGAUUGGUCACUACAUCGGCCACGUAUGCACCAAAAAAUUUACCUUGAUCCUUCGUGACAUCACCAGUGGAAACCGUAUCGCCGCUGCAGCCAUCAACGACCUCGACUACAAGGAUCGGACUGAAGAUGAUAUCAGCCUAAUAUCCUUCGCUGAUCCAAUUGAACGCCCGGGCUGGCAAAAAAUUUGCCGUCUGCUUGCUGAACUUGAACUGGACUUGAACUUUGAUCCUGUUUUAUCCAUCGAUCUAAUGACUGUCAGUCAGGACUACACCAAACGUGGAUUAUCGGGCCUCUGCACCAAAUUCACCGUGGAGCUGGCUAAAUCAAAGGGAAUUGAAAUGAUUAAAGUCGAAGCUGUCAGCGAAUUCAUGGCUUUAGGGUUAAGCAAGAUGGGUUUUGAAGUCAUGAAAGAAGUUGACUACAACGAGCUGGAGAUUGACGGAGAGAAACCGUUUGUCACAACAAGCAUUCAUCAAAAAGCUAAGGUAUUCAUCUUUAAAUGUAAUUGAAGAUGAAUCCUUCCAGCUAAUUUGUCUUACUUGAAUACCUAUAACCAAAUUAAAAUUGUACUUCAACAGAAAAACAUUUAAUGUUCUUUAUACCUGUUAAUCCUUGAGGCCCACUUGCUUCUUACAGUACAACAAAAAAGAAAUCAUCUGCUCAGGCCUAUAAAGCAUAGGCCUAGAGGCCUAAAAAGGGGAAGUUUGAAGGGAAAACAUUCACUUAAUUUAA